AUGUCAUUCUUACAAAGUUUUCACUUAAGUCCCGGACAGACGAUUCGUUCCACUAGAGGUUUUAAAUGGAACACGGGUGCCACUCAAACCAAUGGACCAUCGCAACCAGAAACUCCAUCUGCUCACAAAUCAACUAGGCCCUUAAACGGCAAUGUGGCUAGUCCUAGUAUGAAUCCAGGAAUUACGACCACACCGGUAAGACAGCAGACGUCAUUUAAUCCAAGUUCUGCGCAACAUGUAACAGAUUUUAACUAUACACCAUCACAUCAAAAACCUUUCAUACAGCAGACUGCAGGUACCACUGUAACGACACAUCAAGAUAUUAAAGAAAUCGUCGAAAUGACUCUAGGUUCAGAAAGUGUAUUAAAUCAAGCUGUCAAAUUGCCUAAGGGGGAAAACGAAAAUGAAUGGUUAGCUGUGCAUGUUGUCGAUUUUUAUAAUCAAAUUAAUAUGCUUUACGGUACUAUAACGGAAUUUUGUUCACCAACUACAUGCCCAAGAAUGAUUGCCACCAAUGAAUAUGAAUACCUGUGGGCGUUUGAGAGAGGUGCCGCGCCUGUCUCCGUGACCGCUCCAAAAUAUGUAGAAUGUCUAAUGAGAUGGUGCCAGGACCAGUUCGAUGACGAAACUAUUUUCCCACAAAAGAAAGAUGGUGCCUUUCCGGAUAAAUUUGUAGAUAAAUAUGUCAUUCCGAUAUUGAGAAGACUGUUCAGAGUAUAUGCUCACGUUUACUGCCAUCAUUUCAAUGAAAUUUUGGAAUUAAAUUUACAAACAGUUUUAAAUACAAGUUUUAGACAUUUUUGUUUGUUUGCAGAGGAAUUUAAUCUGCUACGUUCAAGUGAUUAUGGCCCAUUGUUGGAAUUGGUUAUCGAAUUGAGGGAUAGGUAA